AUGAACACAGCAACGACAUUAUAUAAACGAACAGAAGUUAUAGGAAGAGGUAAAUUUGGUGUUGUUUAUAAAGGUUAUAAUAAACAAACAAAACAAAUUGUUGCCAUUAAAGUACUUAAUUUAGAUACUGAAGAAGAUGAGGUUAUUGAUGUUCAACAAGAAAUACAAUUCUUAUCAGAAUUAAAAAAUGUCCCUAAUGUAACUCAUUAUUAUGGUUCCAUAUUACAUGAUACAAAAUUAUGGAUUAUAAUGGAUUAUUGUGCUGGUGGUUCAUUACGUACUUUAUUAAAAGCAGGAACUUUGGAAGAAAAAUAUAUUGCUGUUAUUGUAAGAGAAUUAUUAAUAGCUUUAAGUGGUGUACAUAAAAUGGGUGUUAUUCAUCGAGAUUUAAAAGCUGCUAAUGUAUUAAUCACAAAAGAAGGUAAUGUUCAAUUAUGUGAUUUUGGAGUAGCAACCAAAAUGUCAGUAAAUUCAAAAAGAACAACAAUGGCAGGUACUCCUUAUUGGAUGGCACCUGAAGUUAUUAGAACUGGUGAAGCUUAUGAUAGUAAAGCAGAUAUUUGGUCAUUAGGGAUCACUAUAUAUGAAAUAGCCACCGGGAAUCCUCCAUAUUGUGAUAAAGAUGCUCUGUGGGCAAUGCAAUUAAUUUCAAAACUGACACCUCCAAGAUUAGAAGGUAGAGAAUUUUCAAUACAAUUAAAAGAAUGUAUUGCAUUAUGUUUAGAUGAAAAUCCUGAAGAAAGACCUUCGGCUGAUGAUUUAUUUAAAUGUAAAUUAGUGAAAAUGUAUAAAACUCAUCCAAAACUGUUAUUAAAAGAAGUUGUAUCCCGAUAUUUAUUAUGGAGAGAUAGAAAUUCUGCUCGAGAUUCAGUAUUUAUAAAUUUGGAUGAUGAUGAAGACCCUGAAAUCGUGGAACAAGAACAAGCUGAUCAUCAUGCUAUUAUGGAUGAGUAUGAUAAUAAACAUAAUCAUCAAAUACAAGUGAAAUGGGAUUUUGAUUCUUUGAGUAGUAGAGAAUAUAUUAUUGAAAAUAAUAUUGAUCUUGAUCAUGUAUCGGCUGAAGAUAAUUAUAAUUUUACUUUUGAUAGUCAAGGUGGUGAAUAUCAUACGUUACCAACUUUAAAAGAAGAAUCAACAAGUGUUACUAGAAAUCAAAGUACUCUUGCAUUAAGUAAUUAUCAGCAUCAAAAUUCAAUAGCAACAUUAAGUACAACUUUCGGUAAAACAGAAAUCCCAAAAUCAUUACAACUGUUAUUUGAAGAUGAGAAUGAUUAUGCUGAUGCUACAGAUUUACCUGCACCUCCAAAUGCAUCCAUAAAUACAAGAAUGGAAUCUCCAACAAUUGAAAUCCCCGAUAUGGAUGAUCUUUCAAAUUUCCCAACUACAACAACCCCGCAUCCAACACAAGCACCUCCAUUGAAUAAACCUCCGGUGUUAUAUCAUUCUCAAUCAGCAUCCGCAAGUUUGGAAUCUCGUUAUACGUCAUCUACAAAUACAUCACCUAAUGAAACCAGACCAAGAAAGAAAACAAUUUCAAAUACACUUGCAAGCACAGCAUCUUCAUUACAAUCAUUAGCACAAGCAGGGGCACAUACUCCUCCAUAUACAGCUCCAACUAGUUUCAGAACGCCAUCUCCAAAACCAUUACCACCAUCUUCAACUGGACUCUUGAAUUCAAAUAAUUUAACUACUAAAUCAAAUUCUCCUUCAAAGAUGAAACCAUUACAAUCUAAUUUGAAUCCACUUUUACAACCAAUAAAUUUCAAACUUGGGACAAAUAAUGAACCUUCUAAACAAGAAGGACAACAACAGCAACAGCAACAACAAGCGGCAAUCCCGCCACAACAAGCGCCACCAUUAUUGUCCCAACAAUCAAUGCCUAAUAUUCCGAUAAGCUCAACCACCACCACCACCAGCACAACCACUACACAACAGAAUACAGCAACUACUUCCAAGCCAAAACGAAAUAGACCCGGGUUCCAUAUUCAAAUGCCAACUCCAUCAAACACAAUCCAAUCAUUGGCAGCCUUAACCAAUGAACAAGCAGGAGAUAAUGAAAAUGUCAACCAAUUCGGAAUCAACCCCGCUCAGGCUGCAACUAUGCCAAUCUCAAUGACUCCAGUCACUGAAAAGGAAAUUAUGCCAACUUUGACCAGUUUGGUUGAAGAGGGAGAUAGGGAGGAUAUGAAUAAUGAGAAGGCGAAAUUAGGGAGACCUCAUCAGAAUAGUCUACUGGCACAACAACAAAAGAAACAACCACAUGCACAAACAGCGACAACAACUACUACGGCCUCGGGUAGCGGAGGUGCUGGUGGAAGUGGUGGUGCUGGACAUUCACAGACGACUCCGACGAGCAUGCUCACCAAUCCACUAGGUCCAAACUUAUUCCUACCCCGUGUAAAUUCAAUCACGAACGUUUCAACCCCGGGAAGUACAUCAUCGGCUGGAUCUGGAGGAACAACAACUACAGGUGCUGCUGCUGGGCUGAGUAAUGUGGGGAAAUUUCCAACUAUUCCGCAGAUUAAUGGGGAGUUUUUCAUUGAUGGGUCGAGAAGUAAUCAGAAAUUGGUGAAUGAGUUGGAAAAUAUGAUUAAGUUGUUUAAUCAGGGUCUUGAGGUUCUUGAGGAGAAUUUGUAG